AUUCAAUUCAUUCAUAAUAUUCCUUCAAAUUUACACUUUAAGAGAGUUUUGUUUUCUUCUAUUGAAUCUUGAGGGUUUUUAAAACUUGAAGGAAAGUGAUUUCGGUUAUGUGUCUCAGACUUUUUUUCAUAUUUUAUGUAAUCUUCUUUCUCUUUUUUUUUUUCUAACAGAAGAUAGUACUUUAUUACUACCACCUGCUUAAUUUCAUAAAAUUAUGUGGACUUUGAAUAUCAUUAAUUGGUCGGAGAAGGAUUGACUACUAUUGACAAGCGCAUGCAAUUGGAAAUUUCUUGAAAACGGAUGCAUGCAUCUUCGAAAUAAGAUUUUGGAGCUGCCCAUGAUGACAAGGUUAGUAUAUUCUGAGAUACCGCCGUUCGUCAGGAUUCCAAAGAUAAGACAACAUUUCUCUUUCCUGAAAACAAGCAUCUUUCGAGGCAUGUUUAAGGUUGCUCUCGGUGGAGGUGGCGGUGGCUACUGCAACCGCAACAAUCCGGUGAAUCUGGGAGUGGCUCUUGGCAUGGAUGAGUGGGUCGAAAAGUUAGGGUUGAGCUGCAUCAACAUGUUCCUCUCUGACUUUUAUUCCAUCCAUGGUAACUACAGAACCAGGUCGGUUUUAAACAUAAUGGAUUCCAAGAGAGAUGUUGUUAGAGCCACUACCGUCGGUAAGAACUUUAAUUAUGUGAUAAAUGAGGUUUCCUCUAUUUUUACUUGAUGUUUUCCUAACACUUGUCUAGCCUAUAUCUUUAGGAUAUAAAUUAAAUGUGUAUUA